AUGAGUUUCCACGAGUCAGCAAGCAGUAUUGAACUUGAGGAUGACCAUAUCCUCAAGGCUACUUUGCGGAAUGAAAACGGUGACCAGGAAGAGGUUACGCUUGAUCUGAAUGGCAUGAUCGGUAAUAACGAUGGCGAUUUCUGUUGGGGCGGAGAGAACUUCAAAGAAAGUGCCAAUGAGAUAUAUCUCUCUAUUGAAGGAGAUGGUAUUCCUGUGCUACGAGCCAAGUUGCUCAACAUUGAGGGGGAGGAUAUGGAUGCAGAUAUCAACUUGGCGGAGCGGAUUUCGAAUGAUAAUGGGGAGCUUGUGUUUGUCGAUUGA